AUGAUUUCUAAAAAAUUUCUUCACCAGAAAACAUUAAAAUGUAGUGGAACACAGACUAUUAAAUCAAUGAAUUUUGAUAUAUCUAAUUUUGAAGCAAAUAUUUAUGGUGACCUAAACAAUGAUAAAGAUUUGGAAAAGGAGUUAAAAAGCUUAGGGAUUGAUGAGGAAGAUGAUAGUGACUGUGAAGCUGAACUUGCAAGACUAAUGAAAGAGAGUGGUCAUGAUAUUGAUGACAAUGAGUUAUCAUCUUUAGGUCAUGGCAAAAAUAAAUCUGAGAAAAGUGUUAGUAAAAGAAAAAUUCAAAACGAUGAUGAAAACAUAUGUAGUGAUGAUGAAACUUUACUAGAUGAGUUAAGUCAAAUUACUGGUGAAAAAGUCAAAACUGAGGUAAAUGUUAACUCGUCUACAAUCAUAGAUAAGAAAAUUAUGGAAAAAUUGGAUAUUGCUUUAUCUUUUUACACAAAACAACUUAAUAAUGCUAAACAAAAUGGAGACAAUGCUAAAUUUAGAAGAUAUCAAAGAAGUAUUGAUAAAAUUAAAGAGCUUCAAUGUCAUGUAAAAAGUGGAAAAAAAAUUAAUGAAGAGGAUAUACCACCUGUACCUAGAAAUAUUGAACCAAAUGAGAUUGCUAAUAAAGUUAGGAAAGUUGAUGAAUCACAACUAUUGUCACAAGGAUCAUUAACUCAAAAUUUAUCUUCUAAAUCAAAAGAAGCAAAAUUGGAAAAGAUCCAAAGUCUUCUGAAAGAACGUCUUUCUCAAUAUUUAGAUUGUGCUCAGAAAGCUAAAGCCGCUGGUGACAAAGAUAAAACAAUGGAAUAUGUACAAUUUGUGGAACAAUUUAAAGAAGCUCUUAGUGCAAUCAAUUUGGAUAAUAUUGAUGAUUGUGAUCCUGAUGAUAUACCACCACCUCCUGAACCAUACAAAGCAAAGAAGGCAGUGGAACCUAAAAAUUUGGUUGAUGAUUUGAUAUUAAGAAGACAAUUUUUUAUAGAAUAUGUUAAACAGCUUGAAGCAAAAGGAGAAGAUAGAAGAGUGAGAAGUAAUCAAAGAAUUAUCAAACUUUAUGAUGAAGCUAUAUCUAUUGCUAAGAAAGGUAAACAACCUGAUAUAAAUGAACUUCCUUGCCCUCCAGGAAUGCAACCAAUUUCAAUGAAUUAUGGGACUUCAACACAAACAAAACCAUCUAGUCAGUCUAAUGCUUCUUCUCAACCAAAACCUUCUUCUGAACUAAAGAAAGAACAACCAUCAGUUCCAUCUAAAAGACCAGUAUCUAAUGUAUCUAUAAGUUCAGAUGCAUUAUCAAACAUAGACUUUACAAAGCUUUCAAAACAAGAAGCACAAUCUUACUUUUUAAAACGCCGUUUACAACGAUUUAAAGAACAAGCAUUGAUAUCAAAGCAACAAAAUGAUAUAGAAAAAGCAAAGGAAUAUCUAAAAGUUGUGAAAGGUAUUGAACCAAUGAUAGAAGCAAGUGAAAAUGGUUUACCUGCAGAUUUACGUAAAGUACCAACACCUCCACAAUUAAAUAUACCAAAUUCAGCUUUGAAAUGUACUAUCAUUAGUCCGGAACCAUUUUUUAGUAAAAUAGAAAAAACUUUAAUGAAACAGCUUGCAUAUUGUUUACAAAAUUUACCACAAAUUGUUGGACAAAAUGAUCCUAUAAAUGCAUUAAUAUAUGAAAAUUUAAUUCUUGACACAUUAGAAGAUAUUGUUUUAUUGAGAAAAUCAGCACGAGCAAAUAGAUUACCUAAAUUUCAAUAUAUUGAAAAAGUUUUACCAAGGGCGCAGAUAAAUAUGGAUCUUGAUGACGGUACUCUUGAAUUUACAAUACACUCAGCUUUAAAUAUCAAACCAUUAUGUGGAUAUAAGGAAAAUGAUCUUUGUUGUUACAUGAAGUAUGAAUUUCCAUUUCCCCAUAAUUCACAUCAAAUUGGAACAACAUCUGUCGUUAAUUAUACAAAUUCUCCAGAAUAUAAUGAGAAAAUAAUAUUUAAAAUUGCUAGAGGAUCCAGAGCCUUCCAAAGAGUUGUAUUACGUGGAAAAUUAAAACUCGAAAUUUACCAUAAAGGGGGUUUUCUUAGAAGUGACAAAUUGGUAGGAAAUGUUGAUGUCCCACUUUCUGACUUAGAACAUUUUGCCACAGUUGCUCUUAAAUUACCAAUUUUAGAAGGUCGAAGAAAAACGGAAGGAACAAUUGAAGUUGCUUUUAGACAAUCUAAAGCUGUUGGUGCUCCAAAAAUGGAUAAUGUUAAAGAAAAAUGGCUUACAUUAGUAAAGUGA